AGGACGUAACGCUACAAUCAGCGGAUCCGGGGCGGGGCAGAACGCGGAAGCGGAAGCGGAAGCGGCGGGAGGUGGCGGAACUCCGCGAGUUUCUGCCCCACGUGUGCGAAGUACUAUGAUGGAAGUCAAAGGGAAGAAAAAGUUUACAGGAAAGAGUCCACAGACAUCACAAGGAAAGAAUAAAUUUCAUAAGAACAGUGAGUCUAGUUCUUCAAAGACAUUCCCAAGGAAAGCUGUUAAGGAAGGCGGACCUAAAGUCACAUCUAAGAACUUUGAGAAAGGUGCCACAAAACCUGGCAAGAAGGGUGUGAAGCAGUUCAAGAACAAGCCACAAGGGGGCAAAGGACCGAAGGACAAAUUUCAGAAGGCCAACAAAUUCAGCAAGAAGCGGAAAUUCCAGCCAGAUGGUGACAGUGAUGAAUCAGGAGCCAAGAAACCCAAGUGGGAUGACUUCAAAAAGAAGAAGAAAGAGCUGAAGCAGAGCAGGCAGCUCAGUGACAAGACCAACUAUGACAUCGUGGUUCGAGCAAAGCACAUUUGGGAGAGCUUGAGAAGAAAAGAUUGUGACAAGGAAAAACGGGUGAAGCUCAUGAGUGAUUUGCAGAAGUUGAUUCAAGGGAAAAUUAAAACUAUGGCCUUUGCCCAUGACUCGACGCGCGUGAUCCAGUGCUUCAUUCAGUAUGGGAGCGAGGAGCAGAGGCAGCAGGCUUUCCAGGAGUUGCAAGGCGACUUGGUUGAAUUAAGUAAAGCCAAAUAUUCCAGGAACAUCGUGAAGAAAUUUCUCAUGUAUGGAAGUAAGCCGCAAGUUGCGGAGAUAAUCAGAAGUUUUAAAGGUCAUGUGAGGAAGAUGCUGCGGCAUUCGGAGGCAUCGGCCAUUGUGGAGUACGCAUACAACGACAAAGCCAUUUUGGAACAGAGGAACAUGCUGACCGAGGAGCUCUAUGGGAACACGUUUCAGCUUUACAAGUCAGCAGAUCACCCAACGCUGGACAAGGUGCUGGAGCUGCAGCCAGCAAAGCUAGAGCUUAUCAUGGACGAAAUGAAGCAGAUUCUGACUCCGAUGGCCCAAAAGGAAGCUGUGAUUAAGCACUCGCUGGUUCAUAAAGUAUUCUUGGACUUUUUUACCUAUGCACCCCCAAAACUUCGAUCAGAACUAAUUGAAGCCAUCCGGGAAGCAGUGGUGUACCUGGCCCACACACACGAUGGCGCCAGAGUGGCCAUGCACUGCCUGUGGCACGGCACACCCAAGGACAGGAAAGUGAUCGUGAAAACGAUGAAGACGUACGUGGAGAAGGUUGCCAAUGGCCAGUACUCUCACUUGGUUCUCCUGGCAGCGUUUGACUGUAUUGAUGAUACUAAGCUUGUGAAACAGAUAAUCAUAUCAGAAAUCAUCAGUUCCUUGCCCAGCAUAGUUAAUGACAAAUAUGGAAGGAAAGUCCUCUUGUACUUGAUGAGCCCCAGAGACCCCGCCCACACGGUGCCCGAGAUCAUCGAGCUUCUGAAGAAGGGUGAUGGCAACGCGCACAGCAAGAAGGACACUGCAAUCCGCCGGCGUGAGCUCUUGGAGUCCAUCUCUCCAGCUUUGCUGAGCUACCUGCAAGGACACACUCAAGAGGUGGUGCUGGAUAAGUCUGCAUGUGUGCUGGUGUCUGACAUCCUGGGUUCUGCUACUGGAGAUGUUCAGCCUGCUAUGGAUGCCAUCGCCAGUUUGGCAGCAGCAGAACUGCAUCCUGGUGGCAAGGACGGAGAGCUUCAUGUUGCUGAGCAUCCUGCAGGACAUCUGGUUCUCAAAUGGUUACUAGAGCAAGAUAAAAAGAUGAAAGAAAGCGGAAAGGAAGGUUGUUUUGCAAAAACCCUUGUAGAGCGUGUUGGUAUGAAGAACCUCAAGUCCUGGGCCAGCAUCAACCGAGGUGCCAUUAUUCUUUCCAGCCUUCUUCAGAGUUGUGACCAAGAAGUUGUAAACAAAGUCAAAGGUGGACUGAAAACCCUGAUUCCUACCUUGGAAAAAAACAAAAGCAGCAGCAGAGGCAUCCAGACCCUGCUUGAGAAGCUGACUGCAUAGGCAUGCAGGAUGAGCAAGUAUGGACCCACUUCCCAGAGGAGAAGGUGGAAUCUCUCAUACUCACAACUGGAUGCUCUGUGCAUGGAUUUGUUAAAGGACCUAUUUAUAUAAAAUUGUUUCUAAAAGAGACCUUUGGUUUAAUGUCAACUGUCUGAUCUGUCAGANNGAGUACUACACAGUGUGGCAGUGAUCUGUGGGCCCAGGUGUGUGCUCUGUGGUUGAAUGGCUUGAUUUAGGAAAGGAGACAGCUAUGGUCUGAGAAGGCUUCCUGGUGUAGGUGAACUUUAGAGGGAUGUUAUAACAAAAGAAUUAAGGACCUGAAGUUCAAACAGAGUGUGUACAGUGGGAGCAGCAAAGUCAUCUGAACUCUGGGAAGCCUGUGGCCAGGGCAGCCUGCACUGGGGACAGCUGCUUCCUCAGCUGCCGUGCAGACUGAGUUCCAUCAGGUUUUCUUUGGAAGCUGCUCUGGUUAGUCCAGCACAUGGAAGUGUGCUAGAGGAAUCAGGAGAUGAUGGGUCCUUGCUUGAAGUCAGUGUUGCUGGGAAAGUCUGAUCUUUGUAUUAGGGCCUUCAGGGUAAAUACCUUCCAAGGAGAAUGAGGACAUUGUCCCAUGAACAAUCCCUAAAAUAGUCAGAGCCCGUAGUGUGACUAAAAGGGGGAACUGUAGAGGAUUGAGUGUAGGUAGUGUGUUUGGACUUUAAAAAUACAGCUGGCUUUCAGCAGCAAAGCUGGAGAUCUGUAGACUAUGAGAGCUUGUGUAACAGGUGUUUUUAGUACAGAGGCCUGUCCUUGCUGCUCUGCAUGUCUGAUAUAUACUGAGGCGGCCAUCUGACCCUCUGAGGAAUUGUCUGUGCCUUACCUGUCCCAACUUAAGGUUCCAGGACUACUAGUGCAGCUUCUGGGACUCUCCUGCCCUCUCGUGCUGGGGUGUAGUAAGCCCUUUCCCAGGCAUNACACCUGCCACUGUUGGCUGGAUCCUCUAGGCAUGGAGUGAGGAGGAAAAUGGGGAAAGACAGUUUGAUUUGCUUCUGUGUGGCUAACAUACCAUGAUUCGAGUUUGCGUUCUCCGUAGAAAGGACCAUUUAGAGAGAUGAGAGUCGGUGCUAACAUGUUUAAUCUUUAAAAGUGAAAAACACGUACAUAACUUGAAAGGUGCUUUUGUGCAGCUUGUAGAAAAAGCAGCUGUUUUCUCUGUAGUUCUAAUUCACACUCUCCAUAAUGACUUGAGUUCUUAGCUCUGGUGGAUUUCUNAACAUGCAGUAUGAAGUCCCGAGUACCUAAAAUGUAUAUAUUCAAAUAUACAAUAAAGAGCAUGUUUAUUUUUUGUUUUUUAAGUCAGGAUCUCGCUAUGUAGCUCUGACUGUUUUGAAANUUAUUGUGUAGACCAAACUGGCCUCAAACUCACAGAGAUCUGCCUGCCUCUGUCUCCCUGGUGCUGCAAUUAAAGAUGUGGGCCACUACAUCCAGCUGAGGACACAGUU